AUGGCCCCUCAAUUGAAUAUAACUCACAUCGGCACCGCAACCGCCGUCCUUGAAAUCAACGGCGUGAAUUUCCUGACGGAUCCCUUCUUUUCUCCCGCUGGUUCAUCGUGGAAGGGCUUUCCGAUAAUUCUUGAAGUAUCACAAGACCCAGCUAUGAGUCUCGACCAACUUCCUGUGAUCGAUGUUAUCCUCCUAAGCCACGAAGACCACCCAGAUAACCUGGAUGAAUUGGGUCGCCAACUGCUGAAUGGACGUCAUGUUUUCACUACUGUAAACGGCGCUAAGAAUCUUGCUCCUCGCCCUGCUGUUCAUGGCAUGAAACCCUGGGAGAAGAUUGAUAUUUCUAUCGCUGGCAAGCUGUUCCAAAUUAUUGCGACUCCGACACAACACGCUCCUGAGGGCGAAUGUGUUGGGUUCAUUGUGACUGGGGCUGAUUUUGGUCACGGCCGUGAUGGAAUUCCUAAUGCAAUCUAUUUCUCAGGUGAUACUGUCUACAUUGAUGAGCUGAAGAGUAUCGCGGAUCGAUUUCAUGUCUUGGCAGCUGUGCUGAAUUUGGGUAACGCUCAGGUUCCUACGACUGCAGAUGCGAAUGGUCCCAGCUUGCAGGUUACUAUGGAUGGGAAAGAUGCCGCGAGACUCUUUCGUGACCUCAAGGCUAACGUUCUUGUUCCGAUGCACUAUGAAUCUUGGCUGCAUUUCACUCAAUUAGGAGCUGAGCUGCGUGAAGCCUUUGAAGCUGAGGGUAUUAGUGACAAGAUCCGGUGGCUGAAAGGAGGUGAGAAGUUAUCGAUUGUUUUGACAGGCCUGCAUUAG